AUGGUGCCCUUUGCCGGUUACUCGAUGCCGCUGCUGUACCCUGGUAUCCAGACGCACGUUGAGUCCCACAGGUGGGUGCGGCAGCACGCGGGUCUCUUUGACGUCUCGCAUAUGUUACAGAGUAAGUUGACCGGGACGGGCGCGGUGAAACUGCUAGAUAAGAUCACUCCGACUGACUUCACUCAAUUGCAACCUUGUAGUGGGUCGCUUUCUGUGCUGUUGAACAAGCAAGGUGGUGUGAUCGACGAUCUGAUGGUGUUCAGGGAGCCCGAGGGCUUUCCGGGGGACGGGUUUUACAUGGUGACGAACGCUUCAAGGGCGAAGGAGGACUCUGAGUUCAUCAGGAACGAAUUGAACGAGUUGCCCGAGAAUGCACGGAUCCAGUGGGAGUCCAUUGAGGGGACCGCGCUGAUAGCGCUACAGGGUCCCUCCUCUGCGGCAGUGUUGGAGUCCCUGGUCGCCGAUCCUGCGGACUUGAAGAAGCUCACGUUCGGGACGCGCGACUAUGUGCACUUAGCCGAUGGUACCCGCGUUGGUGUCAUGAGAGGUGGGUACACGGGCGAGGACGGUUUCGAGAUCGCUGUCCCCGGUGCAUCUGCGGAGAAAUUCGCGGAGCAACUGUUGUCGAAUAAUGAGGUGAAGCCGAUCGGGCUUGCUGCGAGAGACAGUCUGCGGCUCGAGGCCGGUCUAUGCCUGUACGGCAACGAACUGGACACGGCAACGACCCCAGUGGAGGCGAACUUGAAGUGGGUUAUCUCCAAGACGCGGAGAAGCGAUGCGGACAAGUCACGGUCGGUGUUCAACGGGUACGCUAAGAUUAUGGACCAACUGCAGAACAAGACCCACGGGAGAGUGCGCGUUGGGUUCCAGUACUUGGAGACAACACCUGCUCCAGCGGCCCGUACGGGGGACCGCAUCCUGGACGCGACUUCAGGUGAGCAAGUGGGCACGGUCACCUCGGGCAGCGUCUCGCCCUCGCUCAGCGACGAGGCCACAAAACGCACGGUCAAUAUCGGCCAGGCGUACGUCGCCCAGGGUCACCACAAGGCGGGCACGGGUCUCGUCGUCGAGGUCCGCCGCAAACGGUUCCCGAUCACCGUCGCAAAACUACCCCUCGUCCCAACCCACUACUACCGCGGGUGA